AGUGCCGACAUUAUUUGAAAAUACCUAAUUGCAAUUGGCACUCUGGUUGUUUCAUAUUUUAUUUUUUUAGUUGGAAGAAAAAUUGGGAUGCAUCUUCUCCCGCAGCUGCCCAGAUGCGCCAUUUCUCUCCAAAUUUCCUUUGAAUUUGUCACCAAGGUUGCUGUUUUCCUUAGGCAAAUCAAAACAAACCUGAUACAGUUGUCAGGGCUUGGAAGUGCUUUGUUCUUGUCAAACUCUGUUGCAUCAUGGCGAAAAAUUUAACAACAGUUAACUCAUCUAUGCUUUAUAAGUAUUGGGUUAUAAAUGUCAAAUUUAUGUUAUUGAGUUGUGCGAUCUCCUGUUGCUGCUGCACCUUUGGAUCAUGGGUUCAGGGUUACAAGUUGGUUAAUGAAGCUAAAUGAUUUUACAGCAGGGAGCACAACAAGCUCCAACGAUCUCUGCACGCCAAUAUUAACUAUUCUUAUAAAGGGGUUCUAUCCAAGGAACGUAGUCAGAUUUUUUCAAAGUGAGAUUUUAUUGAUUGGGGUGCUGGGGGUUGCGCAUUAGCUUCUACUUCGUUUAUUUCCAUUGUGUUGACUUGGUAAUUGUAUGUGGUAAAGAGUGAUCUGUUACUUGUGUCUCUUAGCGCCCAGUUUUGAGAAAAUGGAUUUGAACAAGAAGAGUAUACUAUUUUCUCAUGAUGGUCAGUUCACAAAAAAUGACCACUUUGGUGAUACUGCUCUAUGCUUGAAUAGUCCUGGCUCCGGUGGAAGCAACACACCCAGGUAUAGGUGUAGAGAAAGCAAUUUUAGGGUCAACUGUUCCAGUGCUCCCGAUGAUGGCUGUAAGUUGGUACUUGGAUUGGGCCCGACACCGAGUGCAUACUGCGAUGAUUAUUACAAUUUUGGACCCCCAAAGAAUAGAGGAUCAACCACUGCAUUAUCUCAGGGAUUUGCUUCUGAUGGUGAUUCAAUCCUUCAACUCGGUCUUUCUGGUGGGACUCUUGAAGCUUCAACCGUGCUUGAUUUUUCAAUUUCGGGAGAGACUGAUGUUAAUAUUACUCGUGUAUCUUCUGAAGAUAAUCAACUGCCAAUUCCACUUGUUGAUGAGGGUUCUACUUCGUCCAGGAAAUCAGGUGGUUAUAUGCCGUCACUUCUUUUUGCUCCUAGGAGUGACAGUGUCAAUCUUUCUCUGCACAGUAAAGAACUUUUAAACCUCAGGGACAAAUGCCAGCUAACUGAGCUAAGGCAUGAACCUUCUGUUACAACAGAUUACUCAACAGAAUCAAUAUCCGAGCAGACAACUACAGGGACAUCUUCAGACAACCGAAUUAGCAGUCUAAAAAAAUGCAAAUUUUUUGGCUGUAGAAAGGGAGCACGAGGGGCAUCAGGUCUUUGUAUUGGUCAUGGGGGCGGACAGAGAUGCCAAAAACCUGGGUGCAAGAACGGUGCUGAGAGCCGAACGGCGUACUGCAAGGCACAUGGUGGAGGGAAGAGGUGUCAACACUUGGGGUGCACUAAAAGUGCUGAGGGGAAAACAGAGUACUGCAUAGCUCAUGGUGGUGGCAAAAGAUGUGGCUAUCCAGGUGGAUGUACCAAGGCUGCACGAGGAAAAUCAGGGCUUUGUAUCAGACAUGGGGGAGGGAAAAGGUGUAAGGUGGAUGGCUGCACUCGUAGUGCUGAAGGACAGGCUGGUUUGUGCAUCUCGCAUGGAGGUGGUCGCCGUUGCCAGCACGAGGCAUGUGCAAAGGGGGCACAAGGGAGCACUAUGUACUGCAAGGCACAUGGUGGUGGAAAGCGUUGCAUAUUUCAAGGGUGCACCAAGGGUGCCGAAGGAAGCACACCACUCUGCAAGGGACAUGGUGGGGGGAAGCGCUGUCUCUUUGAUGGUGGUGGGAUUUGCCCUAAGAGCGUACAUGGAGGCACUAAUUUCUGCGUUGCUCAUGGUGGCGGAAAGAGGUGUUCUGUGCCAGGCUGCACAAGAAGUGCCCGUGGCCGCACUGAUUGUUGUGUUAGGCAUGGUGGAGGUAAGCGUUGUAAGUUUGAUAACUGUGGAAAAAGUGCCCAGGGGAGCACAGACUUCUGCAAGGCCCAUGGUGGGGGAAAGCGAUGCACUUGGGGAGAGGGUAAAUGUGAAAAAUUCGCCAGGGGCAAGAGUGGUUUAUGUGCCGCUCAUAGCAGUAUGGUUCAGGACCGGGGGAUAGAUAAGGCAGGUCUCAUUGGACCAGGACUUUUCCAUGGGCUUGUAUCUGCGGCUUCAACUGCAGGGAGCAGCUUUGACAACAAUCAUUCUUCUUCAGGAACCAGUGCCAUUUCUGACAGCAUGGAUUCGCUGGAAAAGCCCGAAAAAACACAUCUCAUACCCUCGCAGGUAUUGGUUCCUCUAUCGAUGAAGUCUUCAUCAUCCUAUUCACAUUUCUCGAGUUCUGAGAAGCCUGAGGAGGGAAGAGAUGGGUAUGGCGUCGGUGUUGGCAGUUGUAGCGGGAUAAAGAGCUUUGAGUUCAAAAUCCCGGAAGGGAGAGUCCACGGAGGACCUCUCAUGUCGCUAUUUGGUGGAGAUCUGAAAAAUGCUAUCGAUGGUGUUUGAGUGGUAAUGUUGUGUCUUAAUGUCUAGAUUUAUUAGGAUAUUUUGGUGGAAUUGUAUAUAGCUUUGCCUCCUGUUCAAAGACUUGUAUAUAAUUUGUGUGUUUUACUGUAAUGCUAUGGAUAUUUGUUCUGGUUUGUUGUUAUUCUGAUGAGUGUUUAGAUUA